CCUGCUGGUAGGAAACCUGUCGCCACACUCGCAGUCUGUCUCCGCUGGUGCAGCUUUGCUUUCCCGCAGCAGCAGCAGCAGCAGUAGCUUCAGCUCAGCCUCCAGCCCCAUUUGCUGCUUUCCUCCGCCUCACAGACACUGCAGCAUCAGCAUCAGCAGCAGCAGGAGCAUCAUCAUCAGCAGCAGCAUCACAGAGGAAGGACGACCCGCGGAGCAGUCUUCAGGGAAAUAAGAGGGAUAUAUAACGUCGCUGAAAGAUGGUGAAACUGGGGAGUAAUCUUCAAGACAAAGGGGCCAAACCUGUGAGUGUGGAGGACGGCUUUCAAAAUGUGCCCCUCAUCACUCCACUGGACGUCGGCAGCCUCCAGAGCCAAGCACCUGACAAGGUGGUGGUGAAAACUCGCACAGAGUACCAGACAGAGAAGAAGAGGCUGAAGGUUCCCAAGGUGGAGGAGUUCACCAUCAGCUUCACCGACGGCGUGUCCGAAAGACUUAAGGUGACAAUCCUGAUCAUCCUGGCCCUGGCUUUCCUCGCCUGCAUCGUAUUCCUUGUAGUUUAUAAAGCAUUCACCUAUGACCACGCCUGCCCAGAUGGAUUCAUUUAUAAGCACAAGCGGUGUAUCCCUGCAUCACUGGAGGCCUACUACGCUGCCCAGGAUGCCAACUCGAGGGGCCGCUUCUACACCGUGAUCAGCCACUACAGCAUGGCCAAGCAGACCACCUCGCACUCUGUCUCCCCCUGGCUGCCGGGAGGGGCGGGGGGCCAGCAGCACGACACUAAACCCCCGGGCGGGGAGGGUCACUGAGCCCGCCGAGUGGCGUCGUAAAACACAUCCAGACACACGCAGACACGAAGACACACAUGCAGACACAGGGAGGGUACAGACACGGGGCGCUCGUGUAGGAGAUUAUGUAGAAAUGUAGACGUGAGAGACACACUUUAACACAGCAGCUACAUAUAGAAUGCCAAUUUAGAGUGAAACAUGCAUGCAGACAUAAAAACACACAACCACAUGCUCGACCAUAUUGUCUGCCCACUCUCUCUCUCUCUCUUUUACACUCUUGGGAACAUCAUCAUCUGUUCAUUUAAACUUAAAUACACAGCGUCUGCUCUCUUGUUAGGUUAUUUACUCCCGUCUUCUAAUCUAUUAUUUAUUGACGGUCAUGAUAUAUUUAUUUUUUAACUGUAAUGUAUGGAUGUUUUGUACGUGACUACGAGGCAACACUUUGUACAAAGGCAUGGAGUCAAAGCUGAAUUUCAUGCUUCUCUUCUGUGAAUUUUCUUUCCCCCCCUCAAGUGUGUAUACUUCACUUACAGUACAUUCAUUUUUCAGAAUAAUUUUGCCUUUCUUGUUCGAGCUCUGUAACCUCAGGCACAUUUAUCAAACACACACACACACACACACACACACACAGGCGUGCGUAGAAGAUCACAUCUAAUUCUAACCCAAACUAAGUCUGUAUGGUCUGGUAUUACUGAAACACAUUUUAUAUACAGUACAAACUCAGCAUCCACAGCAUACCCUGAGUUGACUGAAUGAAUUUUUUCCAUCCUAGUUAUUAGGUAUAGCUUACAUUUAGUGACAAUUUCAGUGUGCUGUGUUGUACAGUUUAUGCCUUGAAAAUCCCCUAGUGAGCCGAACUGUACACAGAAAUGUGCGUUCGGGCUAGUUUUCGAUGUGUGUACCUUGUAGCAGCUUUUAUUAGGAGGUUUUCCCCCCGAUUUAUUUUCUUAUUUUUUGUUUUGUUUUACAAAACCUAUUUAUCCUCGGUGCAAGUUAAUGCUUUCGCUGCAAAUCUUUUCGCUCCAUCAAACACAACGUUGCAGCUAGGAAAAAGAAUAAACUGUGCAUAUCGCCAUCUCUUGCCAAAACUCUCAUUAACUACUGUUGUUUCAUUACGUUUAUAGGUGGGCUUCAAUCGCACUGUUAUUUCCCCUUUCAUUUUGUAAA